GUUUCCCUUCAGCCCUCCAUCCCCACUGCUCUCCACCCCUGAGUCCCCCCUCCUUUUGGGGCUCCCUUGGGGACCCUCCCUCGUGAGCUCCGCAGUCCUUGCCCCCGGUGCCACCAUGGAGAUCAAGUACGAGUACUCGCGGAAGCGCAGCGACUUCGGCCGGCCCUGCAGCUUCUCAGACCUCCUGGCCGAGGUGACCGUGGACAUCCUGCCCGACCCCAGCCUGGCUGACGACUUCAUCCCCCAGGACCCCGUGCACUUCGGGGUGCAGGAGGGCCCUGUCAUGGCCUUGGACGAGGUGAACACGCAGCGGGCAGAGGUGUCCAGCCGCGGUGUGAACCACGUGGAGGGCGGCUGGCCCAAGCACGUCGACCCCAAGAACUCGGAGCUGACCUCCCGCUACCGGGAGGAGGUGGAGAGGGAAGAGGUCUACACCAAGACCGUGCAGCGCCUCGGCGUCGUGAUGGAGCACUACAUCAGGCAGAACAACACCAUCGACAUCUACGAGGAAUAUUUUGAGGAGGAAGAGGAGGAAGAGGAGGAGGAGGAGCAUCCCUCAGCCAAAACCAUCAACGUCGUCAGGGACCCCAACAGGCCCAGGAGGAUGGCCACGCACGUCUCCUGGCACCCCGACGGCAACCGCGCCAUGGCCGUGGCUUACUGCAGCCUGGACUUCCAGGACAGCAGGAAGGACUUGAGCUUUGAUUCCUACAUCUGGGAUCUGGAAAAACCCUACACCCCAGAGCUCACCCUCAAGCCCUCGUCCCCUGUGGUGACCCUGGAGUACAAUUCCAAGGACUGGCAUCACGUGCUGGGAGGCUGCUACAACGGGCAGAUAGUGUAUUGGGACACCAGGAAAGGGGGGCUGCCCAUGGAGAUGACCCCUGUGGAGUUCAGCCACAGGGACCCCGUGUACGGAGCGUGCUGGCUGCCCUCCCGAACGGGCACCGAGUGCUUCUCAGGCUCCACCGACGGGCAGGUCCUGUGGUGGGACAUCCGCAAGAUGUCACAGCCCAGCGAGAGACUGGUCUUGGACAUCACCCGGCAAGACCAGCUGAAGCAGGCUCUGGGUGCCAUCUCCCUGGACUUUGCACCCAUCCUGCCCACCAAGUUCCUGGUGGGCACAGAGCAGGGCAUCAUCAUCUCCUGCAACCGCGACGCCAAGACACCGCCUGAGAAAAUCGCCAACAUCUUCAGGAGCCACAUCGGGGCUGUCUACAGGGUGACCAGGAACCCCUUCUUCCCCAAAGUCUUCCUGUCAGUCGGUGACUGGACUGCUCGGAUCUGGACAGAGGAGCUGAUGGAUUCAUCAUCAAUUAUGGAGACCAAGUACCACACCUCCUACCUGCUGGACGUGUGCUGGAGCCCCGUGAAGCCGGCCGUGUUCUUCACCGCCAGGUCGGACGGGACCCUGGACAUCUGGGACUUCCUCUUCCACCAGAAGGAACCUUCCCUCAGCCUCAGGGUGUCCAACGACCCCCUGCUCAGCCUGUGCUCGCAGGACAACGGGCGCAUCAUCGCCUUUGGCACCCGGCAGGGCACCGUGUCCCUCCUGGAGAUCUCCCCAGGGCUCUGCACCCUCCGCAAGAACGAGAAGACCCUGUCCUCUGCAAUGUUCGAGCGGGAGGCCAGGCGGGAGAAGGUCCUGCAGGACAAGUAUCGGGAGCGGCUGCUGCGGGAGCAGGAGCGGCUGCGGGUCCAGCCAGAGGAGCAGGAGGAUCCCCAGGAGGUGUUCAAGCAGGCCCAAGCAGAUUUCCUGUCCAGCAUCAAGGCAGAGCGGCAGAGGAGGGGCCUGGAAGUGGCCGGAGAGGGUGAAGAGGGGCAGGCAGCUGCACCGGAGGGAAGCAAGGAGAAAGAGUAGGAGGAUGCCAAGGUCAGUGUGCUCCAGCUGCACCUUCCUUUCCCCUCCAUGCCAGAGCUGCUGCAGGGACCAGGCCACUGUCCCCAGGCCAGGCAGCUCUCCUGGGCUCUCUGCCCUCCUCGGGUGGCAAGUGGGGGACCCUGUACAGCCCCCUGACCCCACAGCUGCUCCCUGGCCUUUGCAUCCUUAUUUUCUUUGGCGUGAAUAAACUGGUGCUUUCCACAUCACAUUUCCUCUCUUGUCACAGCAGGGUCAAGGUGGGAAAGUCACGUCCUCCUGCUCCUUCUUUCCUUUCCUUGAUCCAGGACACUCAAAGCCAGUGCCUGAGCACAGCCAAGCACCCGGGGCAGCACAGGGUGUCCCUCAGUGUCCCCAAGCCAUGGA